UCAUCUAAAAACUGUUUGACGGAAAAUACAUUCCAUCAAGCAAAAUAGUUAAAUGGAAAGUAAUCUCAUGCUUUUCUUGCCUUCUUUUAGGCCAUCCAUAAGAAGGUUCAAAACUUGAGAGAUUAAUGUUAUUAAUUCAUAUCUCUUCUUCAACAUUCAAUUCUUCCAUUUUUCCCUUUUCACUGCUAUACAUUUAUAAAUGGGAAGACCUCCUUGUUGUAAUGAUAAGGUAAAUAAUAGAAAAUGUAAUUGGAUAGAAGAGGAUGCUAACACAUCUACAUUGGUCUCAAUCAAACAUGGAAUUGGUAAUUGGGCAACCAUGUCUAAGAAAUCAGGAUACGGGAGAUGUGGUGGGAGGAAUCAGAAGCAGAGAUGGAACAAUCGUCUAAAGCCUGAUCUUAAACAGGACAGCUUUACGCCUCAAGAAGAGGAACUGAUCAUUAAGCUUCAUGCCACUAUAGGAAGCAGGUGGUCUAUAAUAGCACAACAACUAGCUGGGAGAACAGAUAAUGAUGUGAAGAACUUGUGGAACACUAAGCUUAAAAAAAAGCUAUCUGCAAUGGGGAUUGAUCCAGUUACUCACAAGCCUUUCUCACAAAUCCUCACAGACUAUGGUAACAUUGGUGGCUUUCCGAAAGCCAGAACACGUUUCGUAUCUCUUAACAGAGAGCUAAAAGGUGCAUUUAUGUCUAGACCAGAACAACUUCAACAUUCUUUACAAAAUUUCCAAAACUUUAACAGCCUUUGUGUGAAGCUGCCGAAAACAGAAGCUUCAGAACAGUCUUUCUUUAGCAACAAUCAAGAUUCCAGCAAUAUUAAUCAACCUCCUGUCGAUCUGUUCUCCGAGUUACAAGCCAUAAAGUUUGUAACAGAAGCCUCAAAUUACAAUUCCCCAAAGGCAGUUUUCUCCCAUAAUCCAAAUCCUAUAACUGAUUGCUCUACGUCUUCGCCUUUGUCAUCUUCGUCUUCAUCAUCUGCAUCUCAUUCAUUAGCUGAAAAUCAAGUUAACUGGUGUGACUAUCUUCUUGACGAUGCAUUUCUUCCAUCGAAUUUCAAAGAUCAAGAAGAUACAUUAACCACAGAAGAAAAGUUAGUGUGUGGUGGAGCUGAGGAUGGAUCAAACAACGUGCCAUCAACGAAGGAUUUUGAGAACUCGUUAUCUACAAAGGGCACAUCAUCGUCAUCAUUUGUCGAAGCCAUGUUAGAAUGUGAAAAUGACAUGUUCUUGAACUUCCCUGGCCUCUCUGAGGAUCCGUUUUACUAGUGAUAAUGCCACUAAUUUAUGGCGAAAAAUUAGACUUGGCUUUGUUUCAUGUCUCCAAUAGCUAAGUUAAUGCAAUUUCUCUAUUUGAUAGAGUUGGGACUGGUCCAAGCUGUUGCAGUGAUACACUGUCGCGUCAUCUAAUGAGUUUUUAGUAGAUACAACCUCGUUUUAGUUUAACUUGUUACAUUUUGCUUCUCGAACGCCAUCAUAAAAAGAAACAGCAUUUGUUUCCGCUGCAUUUUAGAAACAGCAUUUGUUUCCGCUG